AUCGCUCACUUCGAGCAUAAGCUGUUUUCCGCUGCUUCCUCCCCUAUACAUUCCCACUUUCCUUCUAUAGCUCUUCAGUUUAUGUUCCAAUUCAGAAAUUUUGACCCAAGACCGGCGAUUGCGAAGGCUCCUUUUAUCUCCAUCAGAAAGCUCCUCUAAAAAAUUCGAUCGGGAAGUUGAGGAUGGGGAGAGGAAAGAUCGUGAUCAGAAGGAUCGACAACUCCACCAGUAGGCAAGUGACGUUUUCGAAGAGGAGGAACGGAUUGCUGAAGAAGGCAAAGGAGCUGGCGAUCCUUUGCGACGCUGAAGUCGGAGUCAUCAUCUUCUCGAGCACCGGCAAGCUUUAUGACUUCGCCAGCACCAGCAUGAAGUCAAUAAUAGAGCGGUACAACAAGUCAAAAGAGGAGCAUCAUCAAUUGGCAAAUCCAAUUUCUGAGGUCAAGUUUUGGCAAAGGGAGGCUGCAAUGCUGAGGCAACAACUGCAGAACCUGCAAGAGAAACAUCGGCAAAUGAUGGGAGAAGAACUUAAUGGUAUGAGUGUAAAAGAAUUGCAAAAUCUGGAGAACCAACUGGAAAUGAGUCUCAGAGGUGUACGUAUGCGAAAGGAUCAAGUCUUGAUUGAUGAAAUUCAAGAAUUAAACCGAAAGGGAAACCUCAUUCACCAAGAAAAUGUAGAACUGUGUAAGAAGGUAAACAUAAUUCGUCAAGAAAACAUGGAACUGUAUAAGAAGGUGUAUGGAACAAGUGAAUUAAGUGGAGCAGAGAGAAAUAUUCUUCCUUCAAAUACAUCAAGCCUUGGAGAAGACUCUCAAGUACCUGUCCACCUCCAGCUCUGCCAGCCACAUCAAGAAAACUGACACACCAACAAGAGCUAAAAAAUUGGGGUAAUUUCCUACGUGGAAAAAUUAUCAUGUACAAAAAAUACUGGGAAUAAUUCUCUGGGAUUUUGAUUCCAACUUGUUGGGAAAAUGCAGCAGACUACAACUGCAAUAGGAAAGGAGACGAUUCGACUUUGGAUGGAUGUACUUGAUUAAUUACCAACUGCAGAUCCCAUUGUUACAAAGGUAAUGCUUCUAUUAGUGAGAAAUGGUAUAUGGACCGCAGACCAUUUUGCAGGAA